UCCCAACGUGCCCGAUCAGUCUCACAACCCUGCGCACGCGGUUGCCAGACGUUGGCAACUGGAGUUUGCCCCACAUAUGCAAGGAAGCUGUCACAAACCAAAACAACAACCAAUACACCAACAAUAACAACACUGGCCCGGACGGAACGCCCCUCGGCAACGGACUCGGGAUCGCGGCCAUUUCCAGCGGCAACUACAGCACAAACCUCGCGACGGCUGCGGCGGACGCGUUCUACCAGCCCCAAUCGCUGGGGGCCCUGUCCACCGUGACCACGGCCACGACCGUCACCAGCUGUGGUGGUGGUGGGGGUAGUGGCGGCGGCGGGUCAACACCGGCGACAACCCAGCAGCCACUGCCGCAGCAGCACUACCUCCAGGCGGCAUUCCAGCAGCACGCGCAGUUCCAGCACCAGCAGCAGAACCACCAGACCAGCCUGCACAAGUUCUACAAGCAGCACAAAAAGAUGCCGGCGUUCCGGGGCAGACGCGGCUGGUGCGGGUGUUUACAGGAUGACGAACCGCCCGAAAUCUGCGUCGUCGAGGGCGUCUUUUCGCUGCAAACGCUCACCCCGACCCAGCCGAUGCCGGCCAUCGACGAGCUGGACAGCAAGUUUGCCGAGCUGGUGGAGGAGCUGGAUCUCACCGCACCGAACAAGGCGGCCAUGCUAGGUUUGCCGCCGCAGAAAAAGUGGCAAAUCUACUGCUCGCGGAAGAGCCCGCUGGAGGGCGUUACGGGCCCGAACGGGGCGCCCCUUCCGGGGGCGACACUGCCACCGACCCCGGAGCACUACAUCGAGCGGUUGAAGGACAUGGCGGUGCAGUUGAAGGCUUCCGCGCCGGAUGAUUCUCCGUCGCACGAGUACGGUCCUAAGAUUGAGUCGCACACGGCGCUGUUUGACGCGUUGAAGACGGCGUUGCGGACGUCGGCGCACAGUUUUGUGAUUCGGUUCAUUGAGUUGCAGGGACUGCCGGCGUUGUUGGAGUUGUUGCAGGCGUUGGAUAUCCGGGUGGCGAAUAGUCCGCUGCAUACAAGUCUGAUUGGGUGUAUCAAGGCGUUGAUGAACAACUCGACUGGGCGGUCCCACGUGCUGGCGCAUCCGACGGGGAUCGAUACCAUUGCGAGGUCUUUGGCCGCGGACAAUAUUAAGACUAAGAUUGCAGCGCUGGAGAUUCUGGGGGCGGUGUGUCUCGUGCCGGGUGGGCACAAGAAGGUGUUGACGGCGAUGCUGAACUAUCAGGAGUACGCGGCGGAGAGGGCGCGGUUCCAGGGCAUUGUGAAUGAUCUGGACAAGUCGACGGGGGCGUAUCGGGACGAUGUGAAUCUCAAGACGGCGAUUAUGUCGUUUAUUAAUGCCGUGCUGAAUUAUGGUCCUGGGCAGGAGAAUCUUGAGUUCCGGUUGCAUUUGCGGUACGAAUUUCUGAUGCUGGGUAUUCAGCCUGUUAUUGAUAAGCUGCGCAAGCACGAAAACGAAACUCUGAAUCGGCAUUUGGACUUUUUUGAGAUGGUGAGGAACGAGGACGAGAAGGAACUGGCCCGGAAGUUCAACCACGAGCACGUUGAUACCAAGAGUGCGACGGCCAUGUUUGAUCUGCUGAGGCGGAAGCUUAGUCACUCCGGAGCGUACCCGCACUUGUUGAGUCUGCUCCAGCACCUGCUUCUGCUGCCCCACGGCGGACCAAACGCACAACACUGGCUCAUGUUUGACCGCGUCGUCCAGCAGAUCGUACUCCAGCAGGAGGAACGACCCACCAGCGAAAUCAUCGAUCCGGACGCGCAGGACAAAACCUCCGAAACGUCCUCCCUCAAACUGCAAGACCCGGACGCGGCCCCGCUCCAAAUCGACGUCCGGAAGAUCGUCAAACUGCUCGUCAAAGAGGAGGAACUGGUCGCGGCCCGAACCCGUGCCGAAGAUCUCGAAAAGGAAAACAGCGACAUCAACGCCAAACUCGCCAAAAAAGAGCAGGAACUCGACCUGCGAACGCAGGAAAAGGAAGAUCUGGAAACGUCGCUGGCGCGUAUGCGCGAACGUCUCGAAAAGGAAAGCGCCAACCACUCGCAGGCCGUCCAACGGGCCAUGAACGCCGAGAUGCGCGCCGAAGAUCUCCAGCAUCGGUUCGUGAGCGAACAGCAGGAACGCGUCCGCCUCGAGCGUCUAGUCACCGAGGGAAGCAUCCCGGACGAUCAGAAGGUCGCCGGACUGCAGGGAGGCUGUGGUGCCAACGGUGCCGUGUCCCCUCCCCCUCCCCCUCCCCCGUGCAAACUUCCUCCCCCACCGCCGCCAAUGAUGGCCGCCCCACCGCCACCACCCGCCCCCGGCGGUCUGCCAAAGAUGAAUGCCAUGCUGCCGAACCAGAUGGCCGCCAACCAUCCGGCACCGCCCAAGAUGGAAGCACCGAAGAAGAACGUCCCCCAGCCGGCCAACCCGCUCAAGAGCUUCAACUGGUCCAAGCUGCCGGACAGCAAACUCCAGGGCACCGUUUGGAGCGAACUCGACGACACCAGGUGGUACAACAGCAUCGAGCUCGAGUCGAUCGACAAGCUCUUCUCCGCGUAUCAGAAGAACGGCGUUGCGUACACUUUCCCGUUCCAGAACGACGGUUCGAUCGAGGACCUGCGGCUGAUUGGCAAGGCCAAGACGAAGAUCCUGUCGGUGAUCGACGGGCGCCGCGCCCAGAACUGCACCAUCCUGCUGAGCAAGCUCAAGAUGAGCGACGAGGAGAUCUCCAAGGCCAUUCUGUCGAUGGACUCGAACGAGCAACUGCCGAUCGAUAUGGUGGAACAGCUGCUCAAGUUUACCCCGUCGGCGGAGGAGCGCGCCCUGCUGGACGAGCACUCGGAGGAUAUCGACUCGCUGGCGCGGGCCGACCGGUUCCUGUACGAGAUCUCGAAAAUCCCCCACUACGAGCAGCGACUGCGCAGCCUGCACUACAAGAAGCGCUUCCAGGUGACGGUGAACGAUCUGGUUCCGCGGAUCUCCAGCGUGAUGGAAGCGUCCCGCGAGGUUGCCCGUUCGCGGCGCCUCCGCAAGCUGCUCGAGCUGGUGCUUGCGCUGGGAAACUACAUGAACCGGGGUGCCCGUGGAAACGCUUCCGGCUUCCGGCUGGCCUCGCUGAACCGACUGGCGGACACCAAGAGCAGCGCCGCAAAGGGAACCACGCUGCUGCACUAUCUGGUGCAGAUUAUCGAGCGGAAGUUCAAGGACAUUUUGCUGCUGGAGGAGGAUCUGCCGCACGUGAAGGAAGCAUCGAAGGUUUCGCUCGGCGAGAUGGACAAGGACAUUUCGAUGUUGAGGGCCGGGCUGGCCGAGGUGAAUCGGGAGAUUGAGUUCCACAGGAGUAGUGGCGUGCCGCAGCCUGGAGAUCGGUUCCUGCCGGUGAUGCGGGAGUUCCACGCGCAAGCGUCGGUGCGGUUCGCCGAGCUGGAGGAUCAGUUCCAGGAUAUGAAGACGAGAUUCGACCGAGCGGUGCGACUGUUUGGUGAGGAUGGAGCCGUGGUGCAACCGGACGAGUUCUUCGGCAUCUUUGACGGUUUCUUGACGGCUCUGAUGGAGGCCAAGCAGGACAACGAGAACUUCCGGCGGCGUGCGGAAGAGGAAGAGAAGCGCGCCAAACAGGAGGCGGAGCUCAAGAAGCGCACCAUCGAGCGCAAAUCCAAGGAGGGUCUGCUGAGUUCGGUGGCGAAAAAUCUCGGCCUCAAGUCCAAGUCCCCGAGCGGCGGUCCGGGCUCGCCCGGAAACGGCCACAACGGCACCGACGCCACCGGCAACAAGGCGGGCGAAUUUGACGACCUCAUUUCGGCCCUCCGCACCGGGGACGUGUUUGGCGAGGACAUGGCCAAGUUCAAGCGAUCGCGCAAGACGCGCACGACUGUGGUGAUGCCUGCCGGUGCCAACGGGAACGGGACGGCGGGAAGCAACGGGAGCAACACGUCGCCACCGCGCAGCCGGAACAGCAUCGGACGGGAGGACAGCCGCGAGCGGACCGUCGUCGUGGUGAAUCAGAGGAGGCAGUAGGUUUUUAUUAUGUUUUGUUUCGUUUCUUCGGAAGAGGAAAUUCAAUUGUAUGUUUAUUAUUUGUUUUGUGUAAACGAGAAAGAGACCAAAAAUUGUGUAUGCCAGCAGCAGCAGCUGCAGCCGAAGCAGCUCAAAAAAGAUAGAAAAAUCGUACUAAUAAAACGGUAGAUAAACGAAAACAAAAGAAACUUUGCUGGUUAUAUUCCAACUAGAGACUGUUUUAACCACUCGAAAUAUUUAAGAAGAAAAAAUUACGAAAUAUUAGUAACGAAAGGUUUAAAAAUUUAAUAAACAAUUUUUGAGAAUGUUUUACAACUUGUUUCGCGAGAAGAGGAAAAACAAAACUUCAAACAAGUAACUAAAAUUUACAAAUCACACACAACAUACACAAGUUAGAGUAAAACAAUCCAUCAUCAACGUAGUAACGGUAGAUAACAAUCCGCAACGCACCGCCAAUCUGUAGCCCCCACUGAUGCAAUCACGUUUAAGUUACCAUUUUAUCGAUUGAACGCCUUAUUUUCUUUACUGAGCAAAGAUCUCUACGUUUUUCGCAAAUUUGUUUUUUAUUUUUUAAAUUGAAUGAAGCUUUUUUCAUAUUUCUCUUAUGUCCAAUUUUGCAUUUAUUGGUUCAUCAAUACAAGUGUUGAUUAAAAAAAAGGCUUUCCUUACAAAAAUGCUACGAAAAUAUUCGAAAAUCUGUAUUUUGAGAAGCGAUUUUCUGAUCGAUUUGGUGUCUUCGGCAAAGUUGAAAGGGAAUAAAUUUAAAAAAAUAGAUUACACAUUGGAAAUCUUAAGGAAAACAAAUUAUUUUCAAAUAAUUUACCCUCCCUCGACCUCGACUGGCAAAACAUUAAUUAAAAUGUUUAGAGGUAUAAUUUGCAAGGCGCAAAAAAGCUAUGUAAAAACUAGUAUUUUCAUAGAUAAUUAUUUUUCAACGUUUGUUUUCCCAUUUUCGGUCAAAUUCAGUAAUUUUCCGACAAAAAACUAGUUUUUUUUUUAGUAUCAAAUCUGGCAAAUUAAAAAUUUUGACCGCAGAUCGGAAAACGACCAAAUAGUUGACAAAAACUCAAAACAA